GUCUUUUAUGAAUAAUCAAAAGCAGCAAAAGCCAACGCUAUCAGGCCAGCGUUUUAAAACUAGAAAAAGAGAUGAAAAAGAGAGGUUUGACCCUACUCAGUUUCAAGACUGUAUUAUUCAAGGCUUAACUGAAACCGGUACUGAUUUGGAAGCAGUAGCUAAGUUUCUUGAUGCUUCUGGAGCAAAACUUGAUUACCGUCGAUAUGCAGAAACACUCUUUGACAUUCUGGUGGCUGGUGGAAUGCUGGGUAAGUGUGGUACACUGGCAGAUGACAUGAUGCGUACAGAUGUCUGCGUGUUUGCAGCCCAAGAAGACCUAGAGACCAUGCAAGCAUUUGCUCAGGUUUUUAACAAGUUAAUCAGGCGCUACAAAUACCUGGAGAAAGGUUUUGAAGAUGAAGUAAAAAAGCUGCUGCUGUUCUUAAAGGGUUUUUCAGAGUCGGAGAGGAACAAGCUGGCUAUGUUGACUGGUCUGGCUAUGUUGACUGGUGUUCUUCUGGCUAAUGGAACACUUAAUGCGUCCAUUCUUAAUAGCCUUUAUAAUGAGAAUUUGGUUAAAGAAGGAGUUUCAGCAGCUUUUGCUGUAAAGCUCUUUAAAUCAUGGAUAAACGAAAAAGAUAUCAAUGCAGUAGCUGCAAGUCUUCGGAAAGUCAGCAAACCAGUUGUCAUCGGAAUAGUCUGGUCAAGUGUAAUGAGCACUGUGGAAUGGAACAAAAAAGAGGAGCUUGUAGCAGAGCAAGCCAUCAAGCACUUGAAGCAAUACAGCCCUCUACUUGCUGCCUUUACUACUCAAGGUCAGUCUGAGCUGACUCUGUUACUGAAGAUUCAGGAGUAUUGCUAUGACAACAUUCAUUUCAUGAAAGCCUUCCAGAAAAUAGUGGUGCUUUUUUAUAAAGCUGAAGUCCUGAGUGAAGAGCCCAUUUUGAAGUGGUAUAAAGAUGCACAUGUUGCGAAGGGAAAGAGUGUUUUCCUUGAGCAAAUGAAAAAGUUUGUAGAAUGGCUCAAAAAUGCAGAAGAAGAAUCUGAAUCUGAAACUGAAGAAGGUGACUGAAUUUUGAAACUACACCCUCAGUAAAGCAAACAGGAGUUGUAGAUAAAAUGUCAUGUCUCAUGUGUCCUGGUUCUUACAUCUUCCUACCUCCCUGUAUCAAGCAUGAUAUAAGGGCUUUCAUGGCAAAUUUUAUUUUAACUGUUUCUAUGGUUGCUGGAAAUGUUGGGUUUAGUUUCUAAAACCAUGUUUUAAGUAGCUACAGGAGCUAUAGAUUUGAAUCUAAU